AUGGAGAGAUGCUCCAUCGCUCCUGUCGCACGACUGACCGCCCUCGUCUCCCUCGUCCUGGUCGCCCUGGUGACGCAGCCCUCCACCUGUCACCGUGACGACGAGGGCGAGGACCGGGUGGACGCCCUCUCGGUCCAGUUGUCCGUCACCACCCAGGUGACGCCCACCCCUCUUUGGGCGGUGGUCUGGGGGCCCACGCAGCCCCUGGAAGAUGAGACCUACCACCUCCUUUCCAGCCAGGAAACGGAGCACCUGCGCCAGCACGGGAGCCAGCAGGAGGCCAGCACCGCUGCUGCCGUUUCCUCUGAGGAUUGGCUAUACCCCGACGCCAUCACGCAUCCCGAAGAGGAGGCGCCCCCGGAGUCGUGGAACCGAGAGGGCGUGGAGGACAGAGGGACGGAGGAGGCUGAGCUGGAGGAAGUGGACCCUCAGUUCUACGUCACUGUGACCAUCUCCUCGCUGCUUAUCCUCACUGCAAUCAUCAUCACGGCCAAACUCUGUUACGAUCGCAACUGUUCCCGGCACCCGCCCCCGCUGUCCCGUGGCGUUGCCCCGCCCCUCUCCCGCGCGCUGCCGUGCUCCCUGGCUUCUGAGGAGAGCCGCCAGACGCUGCACAGCACCUCCUCCUCCUUCGCCGACCGCGAGAGGUAACGACUCGCUUAAGAAAGUGUGCAUCAACCUCCUGUCUUUGUGCCAUCUUGUGAGUGGACAGAGGCGCUUGUGUUCUCCGAGGAGCAUUCGAUCCCGGUUGUGAACCUCUGAGGUGGCUCUUUUCCAUAUGGUGAACACUUCCACGGAGCCUCCAGAAAUUUUUGUUUCGUCUGCCUGCGGCAGCGUUUUUCAUUUUCUGUGAAAUACGUUCAGGGACUGCAGGUAUUGCAUUGUGGAAAUAACAACCAUCAUCUGCCUUCACAUCUAAUCACUGUACAUCAUUCGAAAGAGGCACCAAAGGAACUUUCAAGGGAACGUUCAUGUCGCCCGCAUCAUAACAGUCAAAUGUAUUAUUUAUAAAUGUCUAUUUUACCUAUCGGCUUGUGACGUCUUAUAGAACCUUGCAGAGACGAGCGUCACGAGUUGUCUUCGAUGAAACUUUUCUCAGCGGCAUUCUGACGACGUUAUGUGGACAAAAGUAUUGAGACACUCGUCCAUUUGAACCGUGUGUUUAUUUCUAUUGUGCAAGGUGGUGGUUAUCAUUAAUCACCUGGUAAGCUUUUUGAGCAUUUAUUUGAAAUGUUUGAGAUACAUUUAAAGGUCCAUGUAGUAGUAGUAUGCAUGGUGCUAGGUACAGUCUGUCCUCACUCGUAAAAUUCAGCACACUAGUAGAAUGGCGGAAGUAGUGUUACUAGUGCAGCGCCGUAGUUGACUAGACCUUAAGUUGAAUAACACGGAUACCUAAAAAAUGCUCACUAGGACCACUAAAUGAUACGAGUGAGGAAAAACCUGUGCACUAGUUGACAAAUGUGUGCUACUAGUCCUACUAGUUAACAUUUAGUGCCUCACUAGUAGUACUGGGAGGGAGCAGAUGUCAACUAUUGCAGUUUUGCCUCCCUAUUAAUAUGUAGUUUAGGGCCUGACAGAGAUGGAUUUUUUUGAAGACGAUUCCGAUAGUUGGCAUAGUAAAAUUCCGUUAGCCGAUUAAUCGGCUGAUUAAUUAAAAACAUACAUAAUGAAUAAAAUGAAUUUUUUGGGUCCCUUAACACUUACAACAAUAAAGAUAUGAAUUACAUGCAGAACAUUUUACUGUUUUACAAGACUUUGGCCUUUAGUAUGUGUUUAACUUUACAAGAGAUUUUUGCCGAUUUAGAAAAAAUGUUGGCUUGAAUGUCACUGUCGUGUAUGUGUGUGUGUGUGUGUGUGUGUGUGUGUAUAUAUAUAUAUAUAUAUAUAUAUAUAUAUAUAUAUAUAAUAUUUGCCAAUUUUUGCCUAUUUGAAAAGAGCUAAUAUCGGCCGGCCGAUUAAUCGGUCGGGCCCUAAUCUAGUUAUCCUAUUAGUGUGCAGAAAUGUCAUAUAGCAGUGGAAAAACGUUAUAAGAAAGUUGCAGUGUGCAUGUCUUAUUAGUGAGUACUAGUACAUGGAGUACUAGUACACGGAGUGUACUAGUACAUGGACCUUAAAAUGGAUGUCAAGGCUAUGGAAUAAAUAGUCAAACGGCUUUCCAUAGUGUUCACUUCCUGAUGUUCCAAUACUUUUGUCCUGAUAGUUUGCCAUUUCUCCCACGACAAGCGUUGUGCUGGUGGUGUCAUGUGUGGCUCGUGCACAUAUCAAGUCUUGUGGUUUUUAGUACAACUCCUGUAGGA